AAAGGAGCAGCGGCGCAGAAAAGUUGAGCCAGUCGAACCAGAUUGUGCGUCCUGACGCACCAGCAGAGAAGCAGCAGCAACGAUGGGAGCUUCACAGUCACGCGCUGAAAACCAGUACAAAGACUUGUCGGAGAGAACUGGAUUUUCUACAGAUCAGAUUAAAAACCUUCACAAAAGGUUCCAGCUCCUGAGUGGAAAUGAAGAAACUAUCAGCAGAGAAAACCUGGACAGUUUACCAAGCUUCGUCAACAAUCCAAUCAAAAAGCAGAUUGUUGAAGCCUUCUUUGAUAAAAGGAACCAGCAUCAGGAUGAGGUGGGCUACUCCGAGGAGAUCGGCUUCGAGCAGUUCCUCAUGGUCUUGUCCCACUUCCGCCCUCCAACCUUGAAGCUGACAGACGAGGAGAAGGCAGCUUUGAGGAAGGAGAAGCUCCGCUUCCUGUUCAACAUGCAUGACACGGACAAUGACGGCACCAUCGACCUGGCAGAAUACAGGAAGGUAGUAGAAGAGCUGCUGUCUAGUUGCGGCACCAUGGGGCUGGACUCUGCCAAGGCGAUAGCAGAUGCUGCCAUGUUGGAAGUGGCAAGCACAAAUGUUCCCCACAUGGCUCCAGAUGAGUUCUAUGAAGGGAUUACGUUUGAGCAUUUUGAACAGAUUUUGAAAGGACUGGAGAUGGAGUCCAGGAUGCACAUUCGCUUUCUGGAUGUGGACACCAUAGCAAUGCGCUGUGGGAAGUCAACCUCUUGAUGGGUUCUUGUAGAGAAAUGUUUAUGUUGCUGCUGUUUUUAGCAGAAACUCUCCAGUCCUUAAAUGGAACCAUACCAAACACUUUGAUAUGCACUAAUGUAUUUUUGGACGAAGGAAAAAUAAUUAUAAUUCCAAAACAAUAACAUUUUUUAUAGUAACUCAAAUAGUUUGGGCAUGAUGAUGCUUAAAGAAGGAACAAGUGUCCCAUAUUUCAGGAUAUUAAUGUCCUGUCUUCUACUUACACUUACUACCUCCCUGUGUUCUCCUGGCUUUCUACUAAACUUUGUGUCACUGUCCUGGACUGUGAAGGGUUCUUUGUUCCUCAGUCAGAAGCUUCAGAUGCAGUCAGUCAUGCCAAGUGGCAGCUCUGGCAUCCACGGGUCAUCUGUUAUGGCCGACAUCCAGAGCGUGAGACUGUGGGCACAUACCAUUCCUCUGCAGCUCCAGAAGAGUUGCAGGUUUCAUAUAUGUGUUCCCAUGAGACUUUGUGGAACUAACCACUGUUCUUUAAACAUAAAUAUGCGCUAUUUUUAGACUACUGGUGGAUGAAUUAACACUUUCCUUUCUCUUAGAUUAAUCAUAGCAGACUUUGCACUGAAUUAUAUAAAUCAAUACAAUAAAUGUAAGAUGUGAUAAAAAAA